UUCACUGAAACAACUGACAGCGGUGGCAGCUCCUGUCAAAAAUUCUGACGAAGCACAAAUCACAAAUCACAAACUUGUCGAGCAAUCGGAACGAGUGAACGAAAAGCUAGGAAAAAAGACGAAACCGUACGAGAGAAGCCCUACCAUAAUGGCAGCAAAUGAGUUGGACAAACCGAAAAAGCAGGAUGACAAGCACAAUCAGUUCAUCUGCCCCAUUGUCUACAAAAAUGAGAUGCCCGAGUUGGGGCUGGAUUGCAAAUUCCUGCCCUGCGGCAAAGAUAUUCUGGAGUACACGGUGGAGCCCGUCUCCUUUCCCGAACAGGAGUCGCAGCAUGAGCACCAUUUCAAGGGUUUGCAUCUGCUGUUCGACAUUGAUUUGGUGAAUCAGUCUAUUUACGAUAAGCCUAAGCAGCAGCGUAGCAAUCCUCGCAAGGAAACGCCGAAAAUGGAUCCCCGGGACGCGGCUUUGCUGGCGGAUAUCGAGGCCCUGCAUUGUGGCGACGCCAGGCAGAGGACAAGUCGCAUUCAGGAGUGCGCCCAGAUGUUUGCCAAGGAGCGGGUCAUGCCGACGCGUCCCCGCACCGGAGUUUACCGUACUCCGGCUGUUCAGGAGACGCAAGUGGAACUACAGCCCGUUAGCCUGGAGCAGCAGAAGGAGAUUAUUAAUCAGACCUUUGAGGAGAUCAAGAAGCCCAUCGGCCGGCAUCCCAUCAAGCAAAGGAGUAACGCCAAGCCCGUGUCCAUUUUACCCCUUUUCCCAGACCCCGAUCUUCAGCAUUACAACUUCCUGCAAAUGCAGUUCGAUAAUCCCCCCACCGAGGCUAACCAGAGUUUGAUAAAGGAUUGCGGCAACUAUUUCGUUAACUUUAAUGCCACAGAGGAGCUUCCUUCGACCGGAGAGCAAAUCUACGUGUCGGAGCAGCGCUACAAGGAGGAUAGAUCAACUGAGAACGCUGAGAAGGGCGAUCGUAUUAUUCUCUUGCAAAAACACGAUGCCGUCUACUAUGUCAGCGUGCAGAAAUACAUGAAGUUGCGACGGGAGCGACCACGCCCCCAGGCCAUGGUCAACAAGUGUCUGCUGCAGGUCAAGCGAGUGGCAAAGGAAGCAAACUAAACGGGAAUUGAUUUUUAAGCUCACAAAAAAAAUCAAGGCGGAAUCCAGGUAUCCAUAUAUCGUAUAGUAUGAUUGAAAUUCUGUACAGAGCCAGGAAUUUCUCAACGAUAAACUAAAGCUCUAACACAAACGAUAUGAAAUUCUGCACAAUUUUAAGAAUUUUUUCAGAGGAAAAGCUUUAACCUAUUGUGUAAAUAAAAAUUAAAAUUCAGAUGAAAGCUGGAAGCUAAGCAAGGCUUUCCUUUCCUACAAACAAUUAUACACAGAGCUUAUUAGUUAUGAAUAAAUAUAUAUUUCCUA